AUGGUACCUGGCUGCCACUCCUCCCGGGGGCUGGGGUUACGAAACUCCGGGCAGUUUGCCCCCGUCCCAGGCCCCUCCCCAGACUUAUAAAGGUCGUGGCGCCGGGCAGUGGGGCUCACUUGCCUGGCAGGUCCGGUGUCAGAGGGACUCUGCGAACGCGUAGCCCCAGGCUCUCUGCUGAAGCUCCGUGCCUCUCCCUGGGCGGUCCGCUUGCGCAGUGAGCAGCCCGAGCAGCCGCGCUUCGCCACCCAUCGCAGCUAGCAGGAUGGAGAUGCUUCCCGCGGGCCCGGCCCGGGCGCUGCUGCUCUGCCUGGGUUUUCAUCUGCUACAGUCGGUUCUCAGCACAACUGUGAUUCCAUCCUGCAUCCCGGGAGAAUCUGACAGUAACUGCACGGCGUUAGUCCAGACGGAAGACAACCCGCGCGUGGCACAAGUGUCAAUCACAAAGUGUGCCUCUGACAUGCAGGGCUACUGUCUGCACGGGCAGUGCAUCUACUUGGUGGACAUGAGCGAGAAUUACUGUAGAUGUGAUGUGGGUUACACUGGCGUCCGAUGUGAACACUUCUUCUUAACCGUCCACCAACCCUUGAGCAAAGAAUAUGUGGUUCUCACUGUAAUUCUUGUCCUCUUAUUUUUUGUCAUCAUUGCUGGGUCCAUAUACUAUUUCUGCCGAUGGUACAAAAAUCAAAAAAGCAAAGAGUCUAAGAAGGAGUACGAAAGAGUGACCUCGGCAGAACCAGCGUUGCCCCAAGUGUGAGGGCUCCUCCAGACCGGGCCAGCCGGCUUGCUCAGGGGCCUCCUUCACCUUCCUAUUCCUAUUUUAUUAAUAAUAUUUAUGUUGGGUCAUGCAUUAGGUCAACAACUGUAUAUUUUUUUAAAUAUGCUUAGAAAGUGUUUUUAUUUUUGUUUUAUUUUUGACAGACUAUACAGUGCUCAGGGCUGUGUCAGCAAGUGACAGAUUUCCGAGAAUCUAACCAUGGACAAAUCACUUUGACAUGUAGAGUCUUCCUCCUCCUCCAAACAAUGGAACCAGCUGGCCUGUGUUGUGGUCUGAUACGUGUCAAUGUUGGCACCCCUUUGUCAGGUGUUAAAAGUCAUCAGUUAGGGCUAGGAGAAACAGAUAAGCUCAGGUGCCACGUGUCACAUCCCUGAAACAAACCCAGCCAGGCAGAAUAACCCUUCACCCUGACCGGGGCCACCUGGAGAGGAGGGGAUGGUCCCCACGCUGCCCACAACACCUACAGACCAAAGUCACCCAACGGGCACACUCCCCGUCAGCAUGGGGUGGGCAUUUUUAUAUCAUUUUAUAUAAUUUCCUGUCAACCCUGUUUGCAUCAGAACCUUACAGUAUUCCAUUUUAAUGUCCGUAUAAACAGCAUUGGUGUGAGAUAAUCAUUUAUCAUCCAACAAGCCAAAAAACAUCCACACUUGAAACAAUGUGUGGGCUUCUUUUGUUAGAGUAUUUAUUUUCAUAACAAGUUUGCUGAGGAACUAUAAGAUUAAGUCAGUGUCUAAAAUUUGAUGGAUUGUUUAAAAAUACAACAUGGCAGUAGUUCUUUAUGUUGUCUAAAGAUAGAAAUAAACCGAGUUCAUUUUCUAUCCAAGAGAUGUUUUCCUUACAAACAUCUCAUUAAGUAGCUUAUUCUAAAACUUAAAUUUAUAUAUUUAAAAUAUAUCAUGGGAAAUAGUUGGGAAAAUAAAUAAUAGUGUGUGUUUCUAAAUGAGAAACUCAUUCAAAAGCUUCCGAACAUUCAGACUCAACCACACCUUCCUUUGGAGGCUGAGAAGGGAGCUGGGUCCUUUCUUCUGUUUUUUUUUGGAAGAGCCUGAGGUUUCUCCCCAGCUCGGGUCUCAGUGAAUGCGUCGGCCAGGCCCCACUCCCGGAGUCCAGGGAGCUGCCCUUGGAGAGCCAGGCAGGGAGACGCAGCUCUCCCUCCCUCCUCCCUUCCUUGGCUGUCAGCCACAGCUGACCCACGGGUGUCAGGUACCAGGACUUGGGUCCCAUGGAGACCCUGCCUGACACACCCAGCACAUCUGUGGCAUUCACAUGGCUCGCAGCUAGGCUCCUGGUGUGGCUGUAGCCCUGGGGAAACAGCAGGCAAAACGCAGAAAUAUGCACAUGUGCAUCCUUAUGCGCAGGUGUGCUCCAUCCCUCACCAAACUACGCUCAUUGGUCGCUCUGUUAACUGAUAUAUAAAACUUAAAGACAAGGUAGAAGGAAAGAAAAUAAAAUUCAGUGAGACCUUAAAGUAUAUUUAUUUCCAGGCUGGGCAUUUAGCUCAACA